UUACAGACAAGGUAAGACAAACAAAGUGUCUGUUGAAGAGCUGUGGUAUGCAAAACAUUUGGUGGACUCUGCAUUCCAUCCAGAUACUGGUGAGCGAAUGAAUUUCAUGGGUCGUAUGUCCUUCCAGGUACCUGGUGGAAUGGCAAUAACAGGGGCCAUGUUGCAGUGGUACAGGACUGUCCCUGCUGUUGUGUUCUGGCAGUGGAUCAAUCAAUCAUUCAAUGCCUUAGUAAACUACACAAAUAGGAAUGCUAAAUCAACAGUCACAGGAAAACAGAUUGGUAUUGCCUAUGUAUCAGCAACAUCAAGUGCUGUGGCUGUAUCUGUAGGACUCAAUUCUCUUGUAAAAUCAGCCCCUCCUCUCCUUGCCCGAUGGGUUCCCUUCACAGCAGUUGCUGCUGCCAAUUGUGUAAACAUUCCUCUAACAAGGCAAAGAGAAAUUUUAGAUGGUAUUUUAGUAUUUGAUGAAAACAACAACCCAAUAGGAAAGUCAAAGAAGGCUGCUGUGAAAGGAAUAACACAAGUUGUCAUCUCCAGAAUUACAAUGGCUGCACCUGGAAUGAUUAUUAUACCGGUGCUGAUGGAAAAAAUUGAAAAAUACCACUUUAUGCAGCGUAUCAAGCCUAUGCAUGGUCCUAUUCAGAUGUUGCUGUGUGGUGUGAGUUUGUGCUUCAUGGUACCAGCUGCCUGUUCACUAUUCCCACAGAGGUGUUCCAUGCCAGUAGAAAAGCUAGAAGUGGAGUUGCAGGAAGUGAUAAGGAAGCGUGAAGGACCAGCUAUAAAAACAGUCUUCUUCAACAAGGGACUUUAAUUUUUCAAUGUUUUCCUAGAGCUGCCUAAAAUAAGAAAUGUUAUUCCAAUGCAAUUAUUAAUAAAUAAACACUAGUCCAACUUAUAGUUCUUAGGGUCAUUCAAAUAUCUUGUUAUUUCUGGCAAAAUGACUGGCACUAACAAUUUCUUUAAGUGGCAAAUUACAUUAUGGUGGGGGCUGCUAUUGUGUUGUCAAAGCUGUAACAAAAUGAUAGGGUCUGGUGGCAAAAGUGAGUGGUGGGUCAAUGUAAUUGUAUUUUUAUAUGAAGUAGAAUUACCUAAUUAACACCCAUUUAAACCCUUUACAUCCUAACAUCAGUAUACACAUUCUCCAUUCAGUUCUCCAUACAUUUGAUGAGGUACUAAUAAGGAGAAUUGGAUUAAAAGUCAAGAGCUUCUUUAGUUGGUGAUCCUUCCCUUUUUUCUCAUGACAUUAAUGUAUGAUUCAGGGGUUAUAAUGUAAGGAGAAAUUAGAUGCCAGUCACUAUGAGGGGUCAAAGUUUUCAGUUUUUGGCAGAGACUUGUGACAACAAUUUCAUUCAUGCUUAUCAGCCCACUAUUUAAAAAUCUAUGUAUCUAGAAUAGCUUCUUCAUUUAAUUACUUUUACUUACCAUCAAACCAUGCAACCUUCUAAGUUCUUUUCUUCAAAUAAUUUUGGCAUGUUUCAUGUAUUAUAUGAUUUUUUACCAACAUGAUGACUGCAAAUGAUGUUUCAUUGUGUGGGAAUAAACUGUAAGAAAUGGAUUUGUCCCA